GGUGGGGGUGGGGGAGUGUAAUCACAACGAACCACACCAACAGCAGACGGGUUCAAGCCCUCCUCCCUUCCUUCAUCUCUGUCGCAUCCAUCCGUUAUCUCAUCCAUCCAUCCAUCCUCCUCAUCCAUCCAUUCAUUUCCAAGGGCGUCUCAAGGGGUGACAGGACCCCCCGACGGGCACGUGUGAUGCGGUGCGGAUGCGCGCGUUUCACYGUCUGGUUUGCGCUCGGAGCCGCCGACAAGCAGAGGAGCUGAAACAGAACCGACACGAGGAUGAAAAUGCUCCGGUUCCGCAGCCCCAGCAUCCGCUCCUUGGACCAGGAGGUCCUCUGCACCAUCCGGUUACUGGAUGACUCCGAGAUCUCCUGCAGCAUCCAGAGAGACACCAAAGGCCAGUUCCUGUUGGACCAUGUGUGUAAUUUCUACAACUUGCUGGAAAAAGACUACUUUGGUAUUCGUUAUGUGGAUCCUGAGAAACAAAGGCACUGGUUGGAGCCCAAUAAGCCUGUGGUGAAGCAGAUGAAGUCAGCUCAGCAGCCGUACAUGAUGUGUUUCCGGGUCAAGUUCUACCCCCACGAGCCGAUGAAAAUAAAGGAGGAGCUGACAAGGUAUCUACUGUACCUCCAGCUGAAGAGAGACAUCUACCACGGUCGCCUCCUGUGUCCGUUCGCUGAGGCUGCAUUUCUGGGAGCCUGCAUUGUUCAGGCUGAGCUCGGAGACUACGACCCGGAGGAGCACCCAUCAGAUUAUAUCAGAGACUUCAAACUGUUCCCCAAACAAUCGCUCAAAUUAGAGCGGAAGAUUAUGGAAAUACACAAGAAUGAGCUCAGAGGCCAGAGUGCUGCGCUAGCAGAGCUGAACAUGUUGCAAAGGGCYUACACCCUGGAGACGUACGGCGUCGACCCACAUCCAUGCAAGGACUUCACAGGUGCGACCGCUUUUCUGGGUUUCACAGCCACAGGUUUUGUUGUUUUCCAGGGAAACAAGAGGAUUCACCUGCUCAAAUGGGCUGAUGUCAGCAAGCUGAAGUUUGAAGGGAAAACUUUUUAUGUCAUCGGGAUCCAGAAAGAGAUAAAGUGUACUGUUUGUAAUCCUGUCCACCAUCACACACAACCUAUAUGUGUGUCGCUGUUUCAGAUCUUCUUAACAGGCAGGAUUCACUGUAACAGGAUGUCUUCUCGGAAAAAACUGGUGUUGACAUUUCACACCUCGACCCCUGCAGCGUGUAAGCACCUAUGGAAGUGCGGGGUGGAGAAUCAGGCCUUUUACAAGUGUGCCAAGUCGAGUCAGAUAAAAACUGUUUCGAGCAGCAACAUCUUCUUCAAAGGCAGCAGGUUCAGAUACAGUGGAAGAGUAGCUAAAGAAGUGAUAGAAGCCAGCUCUAAGAUCCAGAGGGAGCCACCCGAGGUUCACAGAGCCCAGUUUGGUCAGAGUCAAAGCUUUAACUCUCUGAGCCACAAAAACCUCAUCAUGAACAUGGAGCCUCUGGUACCUGCUCUGCCCUCCACCAACGAGUACGACGAGGCGGCGGCAGCGGCGACGGACAGCAGUGUGGUCGCCGGAAAGGACCCGGCUCCCCUGUCUCCUCUAGAACCUUCGGUGGCACCAGAAGACGUCGAGCGGAUCAGUACGACAGGAGAAAACCCCAGUUUGAGCAAUGACUUGCAGGCUCACUGUGUCUCCAUGGAAACUUCAAAUCUCCAACCUCAAACGCCCAAAGUUGAAGAGAGACUUGAGGAUGACGACAAGGCACUCACCAUUUCUGAGCUCUCCUACAGCCCCUGUGCCAGCAUGCUCCCCACUCCGGUGGAAGACAGCCAAGGAGGCAGCAGCUUGCUCUUCUGCUCUCCGAUCCAGAGUCCCGCCCUGCUGCUUAGAGAGCUCCACGCCGACCCUGAGAUCCAGGCCCAGCUGGAGGCUGAGUGGGAGCGGGACCGCACCUACGAACACAGCCGGUUGGCCGCGACGAGCGGAAUGAGCGGCGCCUUGACCAGCAGCCUGCGCCUGCUGUCGUCCAACGAGAGGGUCAACACGUGCGUGCUCGGCGUGGUCCGCCUGCUCGCCGUGGUCAUGUGCGUCCUGCUCGUCACCGUGCCCACGCUGCUGCUGCUGCUGGAGUCGGACAUCGACGUGUCGUUCCUCCACGAGAUCCGGCAGACGCCAGAGUUCGAGCAGUUCCACUACGAAUACUACUGCCCGCUUCGACGCUGGAUCCUGUGCAGGAUCAGCAUGGCCAUGGAGAACCUGUGGUCCGACUGAGGGAGGCAAGAAGCAGAGGAGAGUCGUGAUGAAAUGAGUCAAAAUGUCUGUCUUAACUAGUGGAUUAUUAUUAUUAUUAUUAUUAUUAUUAUUAUUAUUAUUAUUAUUAUUAUUAUUAUUAUUAUUAUUAUUAUUAUUAUUAUUAUUAUUUGCUGUCUUAAAAAAUAUUGCUAUUGAGGUGAAAUAAUUUCACUUAGUGUUAAUUUCUGCAAAACUGCAAUACAGCUGAUGGCUCAAAGAACUGUAGCAAGGUGUGUCCAACGAGGCAGUCCUGCCAAAAUGGCACAGCAUCAAGUUUACCUCUUUGACAGGAUUUACUUUUAUAAGUUAAAAAAAAGGCGAGACUGUAAGAGUUUUUUUUUCUUCUGUUUUUUUAAUUCAAUCACUUGAUAAGAUAGACAUUUUUGACAGGACUUAUCUGAAAAGAAAGUCGUUAAGACUGAGGGAAAUUGUGGGGAGAAAUUGUGUCAGAAAAAAAAAGGCAAAAGCAAUUUGAUUUUACUGGAUCUUAUUUUGGUCUGUUCCCUCCUGAUGCUGACAAGCAGAGAUUCUAGUUYGCUGUCAUCCUGAGAGCGGAUCGUCUGAUUGGUUAAAGAGCAUGUCAGUCAUGACGGAGCGAAAAACGAACCCAAGGAGGAAUAAAAGCAAUGAAAGCCACAGUCAGAGCAAAGGUAAAGAUAUAUAUUUUAAAAAAAAUGAGCAAAGAUAUCAAAAAUUGCUAUGUUAAAUAAGUUUUUAAUGUUUUGUACAUUUUUAUGUGAUCCAGAUCUUUCAGGAAUUUUUCAGUCAGAAGAUCUACUUUGAGCUUAUUUUCAAAUUGAGAGUUUACAAAAGAUUAUUUAAAAAAUAAAUAAAUAAAAAGCGACUUUAUUGCAGUUUAUCAGGUUGAUGGUCGUUGAAAAAAAACCUAUUUUUUAAGGCUGCCAUCGACAUUUGUUGUUUUUGGUAAUAACCUGGUUUUAUUCUUACAGAAGUUAUAGCACAAAUCUUCAGCUUUUCAAGAUUAUUUGAUGUCAUUUUAGAAACCAGUGGAAGACCAGAAAGAAAUGUGUUUGUGUCAGUAAUUUGUGUGUUUUGUUGAAUUUCUGAAUMUUUUACAUUUUUCAUCGAGGUGGAGAGUUUUAACAAAAAGAUUGACAAAGAAAAGGGAACAUAUGGAAAUGCAAGUGGAAGUUCUGAUUAUGAGGCUUGUUGUUUUGAUGAUUAAAGGGUAAAGUUUAGAAAAAACUUUGUUAGAUUCAGUGGAAAUGGAGAAAAUGGGAUAUAAUGCAAAAAGCUCACAUAAAAGUCAUACUUUAAUUACACACUGGGUCCAUUACACAAAGAAAAAGAGAGUCUUUAAUAUAAUUAAAUUAAGUAAACAGUUUGGUGCAGAAGAUGUUAAAGUGAUAGUUCAGUUCUUUAAAAGUGAGGUUCUAUGAAAAGCUUUUCAAUAAUCAUUACCCAAAAUUUCAUUGCGAUUCAUUUGAACGAUGCUAUAAACCUCUACUUUGCUAUCAGUUUUACGUUUGUUAUUAAUGUCUUUAUUUACAAGUGCAGACAGCAGCUGCUGCAGCAGCCAAGUGUAGCACCUCCUGCACAACUUGAAACACUUCCUGCAGGACUUUCAUCACAUGUGCCAGAAAAACUAUAGAACUGACAGCAAUGUGAAGGUUUAUAAAAGAGUGUUCACCAUUUUGGUUUUGGCCCUGUUCAGAUUGGCCAUAGCCUUUUUAGUCCUGUCAAAAUGAAUCCAUAUUUCCCCAAAACUGAGUCUUUUUAAAGAGAUACUUACAACAGGUAAGACAUUAGGCUCUUUCAUAAAACAAUCUUUUCACAUGUCAGUCAUUUCGGCUCUAUUACUACCUUCCUUUCACAGCACAAAAAUGCAUCCAGAGUGGCUUUGAACCUGCUUGCCGCCUCAGUCCAUUCGGAAAUCACGAGGCGACCAGAAGAUGUUUAUGUCCAGGACUGGUUUGUCAUAUGAAAGAAUCCAUUAACUGUGAAUAUGCACUUUAUAAAACCCCACUUUAGUAGACAUGAACUAUCCCUUUAAGACCAAACAGGUAGUUUCCUCAUCACAGAAAUUAAAAAGGAUUUGUUGCCAUAGAUCUAAAAGUAUUCAUGAAAACAUUUACUGCUGGUCUGGUUGAGGUUUCCAAAAGUGCCUAACACAGAUAUGCAAAGUGAUGCCAGCUGUUUACAUUGAUUCACUGCUUGGAGUCCAGUGAGAGUGUUGCUUCAUCAGUUGAUGCACAACAACAGUAAAGAGACAUAAGGAAGUCGCUUCAAAAGGUUUUCUGUGACUUUUGGAAACUUACAGCCACAGUCAGCACAUUUUUGUUUGACACGGAAUCAGUUUACAUGUGGCUAGGAAAGAAAUAGACAUUCAGUGAUGAUUAUAACUUCAGACCAUACAUGUUAAUCGUUGUUGUGUUCAAAAAGUAUUUUCAUUUUUGACAAACUUCUCAGGAAAGAUGUUAGCAAUUUAUGUUCAUUAUAAAAUUAGGUGUUUAAAAAGUACAAAAAUGGACCCCAUAUUGCUUAUCCAUAACCAUCAUAAUAUGCUUUUAUGAAUAUCUUAUGUGAAGUCAAACACACAGUAAAUAUGACUGCAGCCUGCCUGAUCGUCGAUGUUUGCAUCCAUGUCAUAUAAGAAUAACAUAACUCGUGGUUAAGGUCAGUAAUGGAGCCAGUUUGGCCAAUCUUUUUCAAAGCUCACACAGAGGCUCUUUAUGUCGUGUAACAUAUAGACUUUAUGCAUUWACAAACUUUAUGCAUAUAGAAAAUAUGCAGCAACAGAAACAUACUUAAGAAUAAAGCAUUUAUUUUCUUACUACAGCACAUGCACUYACUUUCAAAGGUGAAACCAAGCAAAGGGCCAAAACACUACGACUGCAAUGUUAGCUUUUCACAGCCCAGAUCUGAGUUGAGUGUCGUCUGUCUGUGAAUUAGGCGUGUAUGAUACGGCCUAAACAACUCCAUGAACAUGGGCUUAUAUUUCUGUCUUUAAGUGUUUGUCUUAUAUGCACAUGUGGGAAAUACUCUGCAGWUUCAAAAAUAAUAAAAACAAACAUGAAGAAGUGUCUGUAAAGGCAUCACGUGAACACCGCUAUAAAGUUAGUUUCUGGUUUCAAUCCGUGACUUUUUGUGCUUCAUCUUCCCCUAAGUAAGUAGGGGGGUCUUUCUUCUGGCUCCAUAAUCCCUCCAUGCAAAUUGCAUGCCCUCAUCUGUAAAUAAUGUGCGGUUAGCUGUGACAAAACAGGCACACACACAAAAAAAAAAAACACAAUGAAAAGCUGAAUAUUUUCUUUUUCUCUUCGCUGUGUGUCUUUGUCUGUGUAAAGCAAUCUUGUUACAGGCUUGGCUGUCUCAACCAUGCUAGAUAAUUGCAUGUUCUUUGUGUUUUUGUCAUCUGGAAGAAGAAGAAGACGAAAAAACAUGUCUAAUGUAUUCAUGAAAGGGUUCCCACCCCCUCGUGCAAAACUAGGCUUUAACUUUUGGCAUUAAACUGACCCGAUGUCGUACACGUGGUUGCUAAUGUUGUAAAAGCAAAGCUUAUCUCAGUUUAACCAUUAAAGCGAUGUCUCAUUAAAAUAA